AAUUCAUCUCUUUGUAAACAUCAGAAGGAAAAGGAUAACCAUGCCUGGCGUUGAAGAUUGGACAACUAACCCUUUAGGAAUCGUUCAGAGUAUUUAUGACAAGCAUGGAUCAGCAAGUUCUGAAAAGGUCCAAGAAUACUUUCAUAGCAAAACAAACUCAGAAACCGCUCGCCUAUGGAUACCCAGUUUAAAUGACACACCUCUUCACUGUCUCCUGCCCAAUUCCUUGGUGCGAUACCGGUGUAUGGUCCAGGACAUGUUUGACCCAGAGUUCUACAUGGGGGAGUAUGAAGUGUCAGAUGUCAAUACAAAGGCUACCUCCAUGAAGUCGGGGAAAUACAAGGAUAUAGCAGAAUGUGCUAAGCAUCAAGAAAUCAACAUGGAUUCAGAUAAAAAUGUUACAAUGGAGAGACAGACUCUGUACUGUGUCCCUAUUCCAGGAGAAACUGAAUGGGUCAAGUCAGGUUACUCAGACAAAGCCGGGAAGAAGAGUUUUCCCACGUCCUCUGUGUCCUCCGGUAGGACCAAGCGAGGACUGGAGGAGGAGGAGCCUCGGUCUGAUACUCACAUGGAGGAGGAGUCUGAGGGGACAGGGAGGAAACCCGAGGACACCACCAAUAAAAGACCACGGCCAGAUAGUGGGGAAGGAUCAGUGCCAAGAAAUAAUACAGAUCUAAAUUUCCCUUUGCAUGGAGAAAAAGGAAUGCCAUGUUUAGUGAAGAUUUAUGAAGAUAUGGAUGGAUUUGCAGUAAAUGAUAUGGUGGAAUUUAUAGGGGUUCUUUCAGUUGAUCCAUCAUUGGCUCAUUUCCAUGAAGAAAACAGGUCAGAUGGCAUACAGAGCAGUAUAGAGGGUUAUGAGGAACCCAUGGAAGAGAAGGAUGCACAUGCCCCGCCCCCUUCUCUGGUGCCCAGACUUCACGCUCUGGUUCACCACAAACUGAAGCACAAUAACCCCCAUGUAUCCACAGAGAAAGACAAGUUAGAGUCAGAUGUGAGUUCCCUUAGGACAGAGAUCUUCACGUUACGACGUCAGAUCCUGUCAGCCCUGGAGCAGGUCAUGCUGGGAGAUUCUCUGGCAGCCGAGUACUUCCUGUGUCAUUUGAUCUCCUCUGUGUAUGGAAGAGCUGAUGUGAUGCCUUUAGGAAAGUUUAGUUUGAAUAUCACCCACUGUCCCCCAACUAAAGAGUAUGGACAACUAAUACACACUUUUAUGGAAGCACUUACCACUAAGUGCCACUUUCUUCCCUUGUCCAUUGAAAACAUGAACAACUUGAGGCUGUGUCCAGAGAAGGACUACACAGCUAACCGGCUGAAGAGUGGGGUGUUACAGCUGUCUGCAGACACCUCCCUUAUCAUUGACGAGACACAGCUACAACCAGGACAGCUGGAGGCAGUAGGUGUGAGAAACAUCACAGCUCUUGGAAACCUCAUUAGUUGGCAGAAGGUGGAAUAUGAUUUUCGUUUCCAUAGACAAGAUUUCUUGUCCAAUGUUUCUGUUCUGAUUUUAUCUGAAGCAAAGUCUAUCUUACCAAGUGAUUGCCUGGUGCCUAUGAACCCAGCCUGUAAAGUAGAAAAUCUCCAGCGACAUUUCUCACAGCUUGAUGUACUUCUCACCCCAGAGUUUCUGGGUCGUCUGAGGAGCUAUCUGACCAUCUGUAAACUUUUGGAAUACACAAUAGAUGACACCAUGCAAAAGUCAAUACAAGAUGACUUUGUAGAAAUAAGGAAGACCGAUCCAAAGUCCAUGUCUGUGGAUGACUUUCACACAUUGCUAAAUUUAGUCAGGUUGUUAUCAUUGAGUGCUAUGGAAACUGCCCCAACACAAAGUACAUGGGAGAAAGCUAAAACCAUGGAGUCGGAAAGGAAAAGGAGAAUUCUAAUGAUGAACAAUAGUCAGUGAUUCUGGGUCUAUGACAGUUGUUUAGAGUUUGUGAGAGAAAAGGGACAUUUCCAGGAAUGGAAAAUGGCAUAUGCAAUAUUAUAUAUACAAGUAUAUUACUUUG